UUGAAUCAACUAUAAACAGCUGCACGGCUCAUCGAUUUCUGCUACGGGAGCCACGGGAGCGCAAGAAAUUGUGUUACUCGAUCACUUGUGAAAUUACAUAAAUAGCAGCAAUAAAUAAUGGUUUCAUUGCUGAAAUCUAAGCCAGUGAUUAUACUAAGCUCAAUUGGUGCUGGAGCCGGAGCGAUAAUACUGUUCAAGGAAUAUGUCGGUGGGUGCCGUUACGAUAACGACAAGAGACUAGACGACAAGGUUGUCGUAAUUACUGGUGCCAAUACUGGUCUGGGCAGAGCAGCUGCUAAAGAAUUCGCCACGAGAGGUGCCAGCGUCAUCAUGGCUUGUCGCGAUCUCACCAAAUGUCGGCGCGUCAGGAGGGAGAUCCUCACACAGACACAGAACAAGCGCGUUGUCUGCGAAGAGCUGGACCUCGCCUCUUUGGAGUCGAUACGAAAUUUUGCAGCCAGGAUUAAUGACAGUGUGAAGCAGGUAGAUAUACUCGUUAACAACGCUGGUGUCAUGAGGUGUCCAAAGCUGCUAACAAAAGAUGGCUUUGAAAUGCAGCUUGGUGUCAACCAUCUUGGUCAUUUCUACCUGACCGGCUUACUGCUGGACAAGAUCAAGGCCGCAGCACCCAGUCGUGUGGUCAAUGUCUCAAGCAUCGCUCACCAAAGGGGAAAGAUCAACUACACUGACUUCAACUCGGAAAAGGAAUAUGACCCUGCUGAUGCCUACAACCAGAGCAAGCUCGCUAAUGUCUUGUUCACUAAGGAACUUGCCCAGAAACUAAAAGGUACUGGCGUGUCUGUGUUUGCGGUGCAUCCAGGAAUUGUCAACACUGAAAUCACGCGGCACAUGGGAAUCGCAUCUUCGUGGACGGCUGCGGUGUUUGCCAAGCCAUUUCUGUGGCUUUUUACGAAGACGCCAAAACAGGGCGUCCAGGGCAUCUUGUACUGUGCUCUAGCUGACGGCAUUGAAGAGCACAGUGGAAAGUACUUCUGCAACUGCAAAGUGACAACACCAAAUCCGAUUGCUGAAGACAAGCUUGCCUCAAGUUGGCUGUGGGCUGUCAGCGAAAAGUGGACUGGCUUAUCAUAAGCUUUCCUGCAGUGCAGUGUGGCACUAUAAACUGCAUAGGCAGUGUACACAAUGUAAAUAAAUGUAGUU